AAUGUCAAGAUCUCAUGCAUUUUUAUUUUAUGUUACCUUUAUGGUUCUUUACACAUUUAGUCUUGUGUAGCUUCUAACACUGUGGUCUUUCUGUUCUUAGAAGACCUCUUACAGUAAAGAAGACAUCUUAGCAAAAUGUGCCUUCUGGGGGAGUCUCUUUUCCUAACUUUUAAAAAAUGUCACUAAACUGUGGCUAAUUGGUUUACAGGUGUAGUGAAUUUUGAUUAGUGUAAAUAUAAGUUCCAUAUGAUACUUAGUGAUUUUAUUUGUUUGCUGGCUUGUGUACUCCCAUUAUCCCAAGAGAUAGGUUAGUUACGCUGGCUCCUUAGAGGAGUUCUGGCUCUUUAGGGAGCAGCCUUAAAUUACUGAAUAGACGCUCUGGUUCUAGAUUAUCUAAUGCUUGUGGUUUAAACCCCGCCCCCAUAUGCAUCGCUCUUCAAGAACCUUGCUGCCCGCCCCCACCCCCAACAAAGAAUUCAAGCCUCCGAAUAGCACCAAAUCAUGCUAGAACCCUUGAAUCUUAACCAUUUAGAGCCUGCUGUUUUUCUGGUUUUGUUUGUUUGUUUUUGUGGCAUCCGCCUAAGAUCAUAGCCCCGUAACAUUUCAUAUCCUUGUCUCUGCAUCUUGGCACCUGUGUCUACGAAACAACAACAUAAAAAUGAUUCUGAACGUUGCAUCGUCAGUAAUAAAAAAGCGCGAAAAUGUACAAUAAAGUAUACUGUCGAAAAAAAAAUCAGGUUUAUUUUUGUUUAGAACACCCGAGCAUUUCUGGAAACCCAAAUGGGGGUAUUAGCGCUUUGGAAACAAAACAAAAACAAAAACAAAAAACCGGCAGCCCGCACAGCGUCGUCGGGGUCCGCAGCAUUGUGACCGCGCGCCUUUAACUCGGCGUGACCUCGGCGUCCCGGCCCCGCGCCUCGGCCGGGGCGGCGCAUCCCCCUCCGCCCCUCCCGCGUCGCGCGCAUUGUUGUCCUUUAGCGAUUGGUUGCUGGACCAGAAGCAGCUGUGCAGAGCCGUGCUGUGUAAAGGACCUGAAUGCAGGUUAGCGGGCUGCUGGUGACUUACACGAGGGAUCCAGGGAGAGAGAGGAAGAGCCGGAGACCACCUCCACUGCGUUUCCCAGGCGGCGUGGACCAGGUGCCCCGGCGGUUGCGGCUGUCGCAGGAGCUCCCGGUGGCGCCCCCUUCUCCGGCUCUAGCUGACUCCGGGGUUGGCGCAGGUGGGCAAGACAGGGCACCUCAGAUCUCCCUGUUCCCACCGAGGGGGUUCUGUCUCUUCCUGCGAGGGGGAGGGACUAUCCUAAAAAUAUGUAAAUAUCCGAGCACGGACUCCGGGCUGGGGCGCCCGCCGAGGUCCCCGCGCCGCCGCAGGGUGUUUUACAUGAAAAUGAGAAGCCUGACAGGAUCCGUGCUCUAACUUAAGGCAGCUCGGUGAUUAGCAUGAGACUGGGCGGCUGCCCCGCUUCCUGCCCUUCAAUAGCCAUUCUGCGCGCUCGCGACCGGGCGUUGGUGCCACCGUGCGGGUGUGGAUCGGCAGGCUCGGCAUCGCUGGCAGCCAUGGCUCCAGACGCCCCCUCGGCCAGUAAGUAGGAGCAUGCAUGUGUAGGGGGGCACAUGCGUGUCGGCGCGCGCGCGCGCGCGCACACACACACACACACACACACACACACACACACGCACACCACCCUGAGCCUGGGAAGGAGGAAGAUUGACGAGGCGCUGCAGUUGCGAGGAGGACUCGGGCUCUUCCUGGAUUCCGCAGGAGCCCGCCUGCCGCAGCUGCUGUCUGCAGAGUCUGCUCGGAUCCCUGUGCACACGCGCCCCCCAUUCGAGCCUCUGUAAUGAAGACUGCCUCCCGAGGACUGCAGGGGAGGCCGAGCCAGCCUGCGCCCGGGACUGCGGGCCGCGCGGCCGAAAGGCCCUGGGGGACACGACUCGGACGCUGUCAUCCCCACGCCUCGCUCUGAGCCGCCGGGUGCGGAGAGGGUCUGCCGCCGCCCCUCCGACUUCCCGGGCGCCCGAUCCCGGGUCAGCCCCGGAGGAGGCCUCGGCUUCCUCAUUUGUUUGGGUCUUUUGUGCCGUGGCUCACAGUUGGCUAAGCACUCCUGCGCUGAAUCGGGCCAUUGUCUGCGCUCCCAUUGCUUUCACGCUGCAAGUCUCGGCGCCCCCACCCCGCCCGCCCCCUCCCCGCCUCCUCCCGGCCGGGGAGCCUCCUAACGUGCCUUUCCCCCCCAGGAAUCUGGAAGCUAUAAGCCGGGCGGAUUGCAAAUGAAGUGUAAUGCAUUGUGGGACGUGUGUAAAAUCGGAGCCUUCGCCGUGGGGGUGUGUGGGGGCGUGGGGAAGGCCGGACCCGCCGCUGGCGGUGUAGACGCCGACGAGGAGGGGCUGGGAAAAUGUGCGCAGAGUCCGCCAGGGUCGUGCCCGCCGUAGACGGAUGAAGCAGCGCGCUGCGCCCCGGCGCUGAGGCCCCCAGGAUCGGGGCGGCAGGUCGCGCUCCCCCACCAUGAAGAAGACCCGGAGCACAACCUUGCGGCGAGCCUGGCCUAGCUCGGAUUUCUCCGACCGGGCCUCGGACCGAAUGAGGUCCCGCAGCGAGAAGGACUACCGCCUGCACAAGCGCUUCCCCGCGGCCUUCGCGCCCCAGGCUUCGCGGGGCUACAUGACAUCAGGUGAUGUGUCACCAAUCAGCAUGUCUCCCAUCAGUCAAUCUCAGUUCAUUCCACUCGGGGAAAUCCUUUGCUUGGCCAUCUCAGCAAUGAACUCCGCGAGAAAACCUGUCACCCAGGAAGCGCUGAUGGAGCAUCUGACCACGUGUUUCCCAGGUGUUCCCACCCCAAGCCAAGAGAUUCUACGGCACACGCUCAACACGCUGGUGCGGGAGAGGAAGAUCUACCCAACUCCGGAUGGCUAUUUCAUCGUGACCCCGCAGACUUACUUCAUUACUCCUUCUCUCAUAAGAACUAACAGUAAAUGGUACCAUUUGGAUGAGAGGAUACCUGACAGGUCUCAGUGUACCUCUCCGCAACCCGGAACCAUAACGCCCUCUGCCUCAGGCUGCGUCAGGGAAAGAACAUUGCCCAGAAACCACUGCGACUCUUGCCACUGCUGCCGAGAAGACGUGCAUAGCAUGCACGCCUCGACUCUGCAGAGGAAACCUGCCAAGGACUGCAAAGACCCCUAUUGCCCUCCUUCACUCUGCCAGGUGCCACCCACUGACAAGAGCAAAAGUACUGUCAACUUUUCGUAUAAGACAGAAACUCUCUCAAAACCGAAAGAUAGUGAAAAGCAGUCCAAAAAAUUUGGGCUCAAGUUAUUCCGGCUAAGUUUUAAAAAAGAUAAGACCAAACAGCUAGCCAAUUUUUCUGCCCAGUUUCCUCCCGAGGAGUGGCCCCUGCGAGAUGAAGACACGCCAACCACUAUCCCUAGGGAGGUGGAAAUGGAAAUCAUUAGGCGUAUUAACCCAGACUUGACCGUGGAAAAUGUCAUGAGACACACUGCACUGAUGAAGAAACUUGAAGAAGAGAAAGCACAUCGGAGUAAAGCUGGGUCCUCUGCCCAUCACAGCGGAAGAAGUAAAAAGAGUAGGACUCAUCGAAAGUCCCAUGGGAAGUCUCGGUCCCACAGCAAGACACGAGUGUCUAAAGGAGACCCUUCAGACGGUUCUCAUCUGGAUAUCCCAGGUGACAGAGAGUAUGACUUUUGUGAUCCUCUUACCAGGGCACCCAGGGAGGGCUGCUUCAUCAUUGAACACAAAGGAGAUAACUUCAUCAUGCAUAGUAACACGAACGUGAUUGAGUCUCAUUUCCCCAUGACACCAGAAUGGGAUGUGUCUGGGGAAUUGGCCAAAAGGAGAACUGAGAUGCCUUUUCCUGAACCUUCCAGGGGAAGCUCCCACUCAAAAGUGCACCGAAGCCACAGCCAUACCCAGGACCGAAGGUCCAGGAAUGAGAGAUCCAACAAAGCCAAGGAGAGAUCCAGAUCGAUGGAUAACUCAAAGGGCCCUCUGGGUGCUUCUUCUCUAGGGACCCCUGAAGACCUGGCUGAAGGCUGUAGCCAAGACGACCAAACCCCCAGCCAGUCCUACAUUGACGACAGUACGUUAAGGCCCGCACAAGCAAUUGGCCAUCAAAGGGCUCAUGUGUCAUCCACGAGCUAUAAAGAGGUGUGUAUUCCAGAAAUAGUCAGUGGCAGCAAGGAGCCUUCCAGUGCUUGUAGCCUCUUGGAGCCAGGAAAACCACCUGAGAGUUUGCCAUCCUACGGGGAACUCAACUCUUGUCCAACAAAAACAGCUACAGAUGACUAUUUCCAGUGCAACACCUCCAGUGAGACGGUCCUCACGGCACCAUCACCUCUGGGAAAGAAUAAAGAGGAUCAUGACACUCUGACUCUGGCGGAAGGGGUGAAAAAGCUGCCUCUGUCUGAUAGGCAGGCCCCACAUUCUUCCAGGGAGCCUGUGGGGCACAAGGAGGAGUCACCGAAAGGGCCAGGUGGGGGCCCAGCUGUUUCGGGCGCAGUGGCAGAAGGGAUCGCCAAUGGACGCCUCGUCCAGCACCACAGCGCCGAGCCCAGCAGCCUGGACAAGAGGAAAGAGAUAUUCAGCAAAGACACACUGUUCAAACCUCUUCACAGCACCUUGUCUGUAAACAGCUAUCACAAAUCGAGCCUGUCCCUCCUCAAAUCUCUCCCGAAGACACCUGCCGACACACUGCCAGGCCGAUGCGAGAAACUGGAGCCGUCCCUAGGGACCUCGGUGGCACCAGCCAUUCCUGGUUCCCAGCGUCAGCAGGAGUCCGGGGGGAACCAGGAAGCCUCUUUUGACUAUUAUAAUGUCUCUGAUGACGACGACUCUGAGGAAGGGGCAAACAAAAACACAGAGGAGGAAAAAAACAGAGAUGAUGUAGGCACCAUGCAGUGGCUCCUUGAGAGGGAGAAGGAAAGAGACUUACAGAGGAAAUUUGAGAAGAACCUCACCCUCCUUGCCCCAAAAGAAACCGACAGCAGCAGCAACCAGAGAGCCACGCAUUCGGCACGCCUCGACAGCAUGGACAGCAGCAGCAUCACUGUGGACAGUGGAUUCAACUCCCCACGCACUCGGGAGAGCCUGGCUUCCAACACGUCAAGCAUUGUUGAAAGUAACCGUCGUCAGAACGUUACCUUGAGCCCGGUGCACGGUGGGGCUGGUCCGGCUUUCAGCUUCCGAGCAAGUACGGACCCUGCGACGAACGAAGCUGAGAAAUUACAGAAACCUUCCAACUGCUUGCAGGCUUCCGUUACCAGUGUGUGACUGUCGUUCUGCCUCAGAUCUCCUGGCUCCUCCGACACAGCCAAGUUUACGACACUGGGACUGAUGUUUACAUCUUGGGAAAGACGAGCAUCUCGACCGCAGUUUUUGUGUUUACUUAAACUGUGCCGCUGAGUAGGCUAGGGCAAAAAACAAAAAUCUUUAUUUCGGAGUAUUGCUUUUCACAUGUAUGGCUCUGUAGCAACCGAAUAGCAGUAGUAGGGGUGAUAUGUAUACUUUUGCUUCACUACUUGUAACUGAGCACACAUAGGAAAGUCUAGACACUGUAAGUGUGAUAUGCAUUCCAAUGUCAUGAAGUUGCCAAUUCCAUUUUUAAAUGCCACAGAUGUGUGUUGCUCCCAGUCUGUGGUCAGAGGGUGCCACGGAACUGAUCCUUGACACUUCCAAAAACAAAAACAAAAAAAGCGUAAGCCACCACAAAACGUCAAAUGCGAGGGUCCGCCUUGAGGGAGAUCAAGGUCAGACUGACCAGAAGGGACCCCAGCCCCUUGUGUGUGAAUUGUUCAUGCACCAGUCAUUUCUCACUGUGAGUUUUCGUGACAUGAUUUUGCAGGAGCCCGUGGAAGUGUGUCAGAAGGGGUCGUGAUCGAAAUUCUGGGAGUGUCUGUUUUCAGGAUUUUGUUUUUAAGUGUAACAGAUGCUUGUCUGAGUUUUUAACCUUCCAUAAUCACAAACAGGAAUAUAGGCCUUUGAUUCUGAAGUGGACGAAGGAAGGGGAUCCCCAGCCUGGCUGGGGCACAGCACUGAGUGAUGGAAGAGGGAAAUGUGGACUCUUAACUGGUGUUAAUCAAAUAUUUAAGGAAGAUAAUUUCCUCCUUGUGAUACUUACGAUGAUCCUAUCUUACUAUAAUAGAUAACGAUAAUUAGUUUGUUUAAAAGCAAAAUGUUCUUUGUGAUACAAAUGAAGAGUAUACAAAUGAAGAGCCUGGGGAUGUUAUUCUUUCUAAUGGAAGGACAUUAAUCUAUUUUAUGUAGUUUUAAAUAGAAUGCCUAAAUUAGGCUACGGGAGAUCAUUUUUAGUGGUUAUAGGAAAGAGCAAAUUUAGGGAGAGUUGAACUUCAGGCCUUUUAUUCCUGGAAAGAUAUCUAUAGAGAAAACUUUAAAAAGUAAUUUUUGAUUAGAACUAUACAUGUGCCCACGUACUUACCAACAGGAUGUGCUCAUUCUGCAAGUAUGGUAUAAUCCGAACUUGUACUCCCCCCAAAAAUCUAUCAGAAUGACAAUUAUGCAUACAUGAACUAUGCCAGAGUGAUGUUUACAGAUACUUUGUAACCAAUUUCAGGAGGUGUUUUUAGGCGGAUGUAUAGUUAUUAGCCCAACUUGUUUCAGAGUGGUUUGUUAACGUUUUGCUUUGGUUUACAAUGUCAUGUUGAAUACGGAGAAGACUCUAAGCAGCAAAGGAAUACAAAUAAUCGGGCUUCCACUUUACAGAGAAGAGACACUUCCAAGUUCCCCCAUUUUAUUGAGAACCAUGGUAGAUACUGAACAGGUAUUUGCAGAAGGGUUACAUAUGACACAAGUAAAGUCUGGCAAAACGUUUUAUUUAGUUUAGUGGCACGUGAUGUUUGGAGCCACAGACCGUAAAAUACAUACCCAAAAAUAAAUCUAAAGUCUUUCCGCCUCGGACUUCAGUAAUUGGCAUAAAAAUGUGUGACACAUUUCUGCUUCAGUAUUAGGUUCAAUCCCUAGGGAUCUGUUUAAGGAACGCAGUCCUAGACAUAGUUGGACUGAUUCUUGAAACAUAUGGAUACUCCCUCAUGCGUUUUCAGAUAUUUGCAAGUUGCAUUGAGUCAAACUGGACUCAUCAAGCUUAGAUUCCUUUUUUUUAUGCCUAUAGUGAAACGUCAGCACGUUUCUUGGUAAGCCCCUAUACCACUAAAAUGCUUAGGUCAGUUGGCUUUGAAUCUCAUGCCUUAUUUCUUCCAAGGCAUGUCCUGAUUGCCCAGAAACGAACUAUUUGUCUCAUGGCUUAAAUAUGUCCGGAAGGAAUGAUAAUGUAUCUAAUAGACUAUACACAGAGUCUAUUUCCUUGGGGAGGUGUAUACCAUACGGAUACUAAAUUCUUCUGUCUAAAUUCGUUUUGGGUUUUUUUUUUUCCCCCAAAAACCUGCUCUCAAGCGCUGAAUCAUACCAUCAGUUCAUAAAUAACGUAACCAUUGAAACAAUACAUCAGCCUCUAGUUGAUCCUCUGAAAAUGGCCAUUAUUAUAAUCAAAUGCUGUGUGGACAGGAAAGGAAAGCAUUACCCUUUAAGAGAAGCUUUAAAAUAAUGACUUUAUCAAUAGUUCACAAGAAGUAGGUUUACAGAAGAUGUUAUUCAAAUAAAACGUGUAUACCAUUAGCCUGAUGCUACGGGGUACAUGAUUUUAAAAACAACCAGAAACUCCCUUAGACCUGGAGCCAUCAGCGUAGAAAAGAUGGGCUUUAAAGACCGUACGAUGGAAGCAGACAUUCCGUGUGGAAAUAUCCCUGUCUGAAUCUAAUCAGGAUUCUUGGAUGGGGGAGGAGUGAGGCGGCAGGAAGCAUGUUACAGAUGUGACCCGAGAUGGUCAACGGCGAGCUUCUCAGUGACCGAACGCUCGGCCCGCACCAACGUUGCCAGCACCUGUUUCCUCCCCUGCGCUGAUAGCUUUGUGUUACAUGGCUGCUUAUCCAGUCUUCGCUUAGAGUUUCUUAGCUGGAAGGUUUACAAAACUGAAUCUGGUUGAAUCUCUGCGUAGCGUUCAACUUUCAAGGGUCAACCCAUCUGUCGGCAUUUUGCACACGUAUGUAUUAUUAUGAUACAGCAUAUUACUUUAUGGUAAUUUUUAUUUUUACAUAGAACUACCUCCAUAAAUUUGAUGAAGCGGCAGCAGUGUGUUCAAGUGUAUUGUUAGAAAAGCAAAGUUGAAAACUUUCGUGAACAUUCGGCCAUGGCGUUCUGUGUGUGUGUCAGUGGCUGCCCGUGUGGGCUCGUGACUUUUUCAUGGCCGUGGUUUUGUUUUACGGCAUUAUUUCGCUUUCAGAUGUAAACCUGUCUCUCCUCUCUAUCCCACAAAAGCACACUCGAUUUUGUUAGGAACGAAACAAAGUUGAAAUUUCUUGUCUUUCCACCCCACCCCACCCCACCCACCCCAUUCCUGCCAAGAGUUCUCUCUGGCAAAGAGCCGAUUGGUACACAUAAUUUAGCCAGCUCUCUACUCCUGAAAGAAUCCAAUUUCAAUUCUAGGUUUUCAGUAGAAGUCACACCAGAUAUGUGGACCGUGCCGGCUUUGAAGUACUUUGGGCCUCGCUGCCUUCAUGCACACGCUACCAUAUCGAGCCCAAACUUCAUUUUAAUUAAAAGAGCAGUGCUGUGUACUCACCACGUGUGCUAAAUAAUUUGUAUUCCAUUUUCUAUAUUUUGCACAUCUCAGGGGACCUUAAUGAGCAUAUGAAAAGGGGGGUGCCAUCAAAUAGAGAAAACUAACAGAAGAGCUGAACGGGGACCAAGCAGGAUAAAAAUACCAAAUUACUGCUUCUCUGAUGUUGUGAAGCUCAAGUUCAGGAAGCAUAAAUUGAAAGUUAAGCUGAAGUAACGAUGAUCUGAACACCAGCUGUUCCCAAGUCUCCCUUUCUUAGAGCCCAGCCAGUGGUUCGAAGAUGUAAAUUUAAAUUAUAUCGCAAUCGCCAUGGGGAAGAAAAAACCCUGUUUGAUGAAAAGAAAAGCAUUGUGCGUUUUUUUGUUUUUUCUUGUUUUUUUUUUUAGGUUGGCAAAGCUCUGUAAAACCCUACCCAGGACAAACCACGUAUUGCCACCAAGUGUACUUGAAAAUAAAGUUUUUAACUUAAAUUAUAGGCGUCUUGCUCACUAUACAAUAGUGAACCUAUUUUGAAAAGUCUCACCAUUUAUAACAUGGGCAGCAUUUGGAGCUUGAUUAAAAGCCAACAACAAACUAUCAUGACUUUGCCCGUUCAUUUUGGGAUCUCAAAGUGCUUCCAAAGCAUUCAGAUAUAUUAACAAAGCAGGUCCUGUUUGUAACACCCAUACUUGAAACGGACAAACAGAAGGAGUGGCUUAAGAUUACCCAGAAACUCAGUGGCAGCUACCAGUGACCUAUUUUCUAACUGUCUGAUAGACCAUCAUGAGAAAUCACUAAAUAUAAUGCUAUUUUUUCUGAUGUGUGCUAAUAAAGUCAAAGAAAACAAAUACAACUGUACACUUUUGUCCAUUUUCAUUCAAAAAGUUCAGGGUGUUUGGAAUUUUACAAAAUCCACCCAAUGCCAUUGUGGUCAGAGGCAGAUCCCAGACAUACACCCUAGUUUACAGUUUCAUCUUGGGCUUCUUUGAUUCCUGUGCUAAAAUACCAUCUUUCAGGAACAUGUGCUCCUGGCAGUGGAAGGUGCUGAAACAGAAAUCGUAAUUUAAAACUUUAUCAAGUACUCUUCACAGUGCUACUUUUAGCACAACAGAAAUUCAGUACAACGUAUUGAGUCCUACCUGUAAGAAUCUCGAUUUCUGAGGGAGCUGAUCUAGUUCUAAGUGUUUUCUCAAACUAGGAGACAUCAGAUCCUUGCUGGGGACCUUCUCCAUUGCCACGGGCCAGGCACAGAACCAGCCGGAAGCAUGCUGUCAGGCGACAGCAGACCCCAAGCAGAAGUGAUCCCGCCUUUUCCUGUCCCUCCCCACCCUCCUCCCCCACCCCGCCCAGUACUGUCCUGCCCAUUCUCUUCUUUCUCUUCUGUUCUCGAGACAUGCUUCUGCACGUGUUUAGGCUCAGGGAAGCCAAGACACAGGAAGGACGAAUGCAAAAGCAAGGAGACCACUGUUUUGCUUUGGGUUAAUAAAAUAUGGGCAGGAAGGAGAUUACGAUCAGUCUGAUCUUUGCCAAAUAAGAUAAAACAAUCAGCUGUCACUCCGUCAUUCUCCCAGAAGGUUCUACAGUAUUGAUACAUCUAAUAUUUUCCCAUAGAUUUUUAUUUAGGAGACAUUUCAUAAAUUAUAUAUACGAAAAAUUUCAUGGUUAAAUUUCCCAGUGUGUUGAAAAUAGGCAUUGGCAUGUCCCUGAUUGAGUUAAUCUCUGCGUCUUUUUUAGCAGCAUCCCAGAGAGAGAGUCCCCAGUGAUUGCUCCUCCAACACAUAAGCCUGUGUUUUCACAGUUGUUCUAUGACUUACAGUUGCUGAUUUGCAAGGUAGAGAAUUCUACGAGGCUCAUGGGGGACUAAACUUUCUUAUGAUUGUACAUUAUCAGUUAUAGGGCUUUAAUUGCUCAUUGUUGGCUGCAGAUGUGAACACACAUACGCACACACGCACACACACCCUGCCGACGAGGGAAGGGGGAGUUUCACGAGUGAGGCAGCAGUGACCCUGGAAGCAAACGUAAGGCUAGAGGCUUGGCCUGUCCACGUACAGUGCCUAUGCCUCCCUGUCCAAAGGCUGACCUUGGCACCCCAUUCCUUGCUCCCACCAAAAAGAGGUACCAAAUCUGAGAUCUGAGAACUCCUCCAGGGUCAGUCCUCUGCAGUUACGGAAAAUUCAUGAAGUCCACACUCCGCAGCUGCUUGCCUGCCUUUCCUCGGAGGUCCUGCCUCCCUGCCUCCUUCCCGUUCCCCCUCCUAGAUACCGAUACACCGCCACGGUUUCCACACCGGAAGCGCAAAACAGCGUGUGGUACUGUGCACACGUGAUGGGUUAGGACUAGAGCUGCCCUAGGGUCACCUUCAUGUAAGUAUUGACAGCUACAAAUUAAGGUCCUUAGAGUAGUUGACAUAGAUACUACUUUCUAGAAGAGAAUUAAAUUUCAACAUUAAGUUUAAAGGGAUCAUAAUUCUGCAGGUAUCUUUCUCUGAGUGACUGAAUGUGACUAUUGCAUUAGGGUAAAUGAAUUAAGAAGUGCAAGUGGGAUUUACUGUAUGUUAGAAAGGAGUUUUGCAGCCAAGACUGCCUUGAAUAAAAUGUGUUUGCACUGAAAAAAAAAAAAAAAACCUUUAAAUUACUUGGUCUCUGGUUGCUGUAAAGGUCAUCCAAGAUGGAUGUUCUGUUUAUAUUGUAUAGUAUUUCAUAUGAAAUAAUUACAGUUCAUGAAAUGUCUUCCCUAAUGUUACUGAUUUAUGACAGCACAUUUGUAACAUGGUUUUUAUCGUGCCGGUGUGCCAUAUUGUAAAUGAUGAUUGACUUGUCAUGCUUAGUAUAAUAACUUAAAAGGAAAAAAAAGCACAGGGAUUUUUGUAAGUCUAUAUUUGAAAGUCCCUCCAUAUGGUAAUAUUGUGUUCAUGUUGUUUAUGUAGUGUUGUGUGAAAUAUCCAUUUUGGAUUGUGUUACUUUUUAAGAUAUUAAAUAACAUUUGGUUAUA